AUGGAUGCUGCGUUUUGUCUGCCUUGCACAUUAUUGCAUCAAAAAAUAAAUUUAAAAUCUGCAUUAGCUACUAAUCUUAUUUCAAAGGGGCAGAACUACUGGAAUGACAGUGUUUCGGUCUAUAAAAAACAUGAAAAAAGUGCUCUUCAUAAGGACACCUCUUCUAUUUUGACUUCUUUAAGGACUAACCAGUCAGGUACAACCAAAAAAAUUAAUGAACUGGUAUCUACUAUGUAUUCCAAAAAGGUAGAAGCCAACAGAAUUUUUUUAGCAGCUAUUAUUGAUACAGUUAUUCUUUGUGGCCCCCUAUGCAUUUCCCUGAGAGGACACAGAGACAACUUAAAAGAUUUUACUGAAGUUGGUGGCUAUGCUCCUUAUUCUGUUGGCAAUUUUCUUGACCUUUUAAAUUAUAGAGUAAGAGGGGGUGAUAUAGCUUUAGGUAAUCAUUUAAAAGCCUGUUCAAAAAAUGCAACUUACUUAUCACCACAAACACAGAAUGAAAUUAUUUCAUGUUGUGGUGAUUAUAUAACAGACAAAAUAAUGUCUGCAGUUAAACAAGCUAAAUUUUUUUCAAUAAUUUGUGACGAAGCUUGCGGCACAUCUACCAAGGAACAAAUGUCAGUAGUACUUCGUUUUGUAGACCAACAUUGUAACUUGCGAGAGGAAUUCAUAGGGUUUGUUCAUUGUAGUGAAGGGCUCUCAGCUGGUAAAAUUAAUGGUUGUCAGGCUCAUAUUUUAAAGCAAAACAGAUUAGCUUUAUACACACACUGUUCUUCUCAUCGCCUAAAUUUAGUUGUCUGUAAUUCGUGCUCUGUACAUUAUGUCCACAACAUGAUGGAUCAAAUCAAACAGAUAACAUAUUUUUUCAAAUUUUCUGAAAGUAGAUUGAAACUUUUACGAAAGAGUGUUGCUGACUUUACUAACAAUCCUAAUUAUGCCCAUAUUAUUGAUGUUUGUAACACUAGGUGGGUGGAACGUAUUAUUGGCAUGAGUGUUUUUAAUGAUUUAUUUGAAGGCAUUUUAGCUACUUUUGAUGAGAUGGCCCUUAACCCUAAUAGGGUAAUUAAUGCUGAUACUGUAUCCAAAGCAGUCAGUCAUAGAAAUGCAUUGGAAAAAUUUGACUUUGUUAUUGCCAUGGUCAUUACUAGACAGGUAUUUGACAUGACAAUGGAAGUAACAAAACUAUUACAGAGUAGGACUAAUGACAUGUUUAAAACUGUAAUGUUAAUUAAUUCUUUAAAAGAUAGGUUUUCUUGCAUUAGAGACAAUAUUGACACCUAUCAUGAAAAGUGGUUUUUACUUGCAGAGGAAUUAGCUCAAAAAGUAAACAUAACAGAAAAUAAGUAA